AUGAUCGUGAGGCAUAUUUUAAGUUUUUCACUAAUCCUGUUGAUUUCGACUGUUUAUAAGUCAGUCACAGUUAACAUUAAUGAAGAUGUCAUGAUUCGUUCUGCAAAACCGAUUAAAAACAAAACAUGGGAGAAUUGGAAUGGAGAAAUUUAUAUUUCUCCAAGUGCCAUUUUUGAACCGUCUACGCUUGAAGACCUUAUUGAUAUUGUAAAAUUAGCAAAGGCAAAGAAUAAAACUAUUCGAUGUGCUGCCCAAGGGCAUACCGUAAGUUCUUUGUCUGUCACAAAGAAUUACCUAGUGGUAGUUACAAAUUUAAAACAGAUUACAAUACAAAAGCAUCCAAAAUGUGGCUGGACUGUCACUGCAGAAGCAGGUAUAUCAUUAUCUGAACUUGAUAAUGCACUCCGAAAUCAUGAUCCGCCAUUGACUCUUGAUUCUGAAGCUUUCCUUGACAUAUUUCGAGUAUCUGGUGUUGUAGCAGUAGGAGCACAUGGUUCAAAGACCAGUUCAGGCAUUAUGUCAGAUCAACUUUGCUCUAUGAAAAUUGUCACAGGGUCCGGCGAAGUAUAUGAAUUUAGUGAAGAGAUAAGCAAAUCUGAAUUCAAUGCAGCAAAAGUCAAUUUAGGUUUACUUGGUAUUAUCUAUUCAUUGACUUUUCGCGCACAACUGAUGUAUAAUCUUCGCGUGAAUGACGUAUAUGCACCAAUAACCGAAUGGUUUAAUCCACAGACUAUUAAAAAUCUUUUAGAUUCAUCAGAUGGUAUUGAAAUGAAUUAUUACCCAUUUAAUGGAUUCAAUCAGAGUGACCCGAAUCCUCUUGACCCUAAUAAAGACUUAGUUUUGGUUAAGAAUUUUGUACGAACUGGUGAAUCUGUGAGCUUCACACAACAACAGAUCGAAAAAUUGCGUGAAACUCAAAUACAGGAUAAUAUUAACCAGAAGAAGCUCUUUAAAAGUCUCUUGCAAAACCCUGAGGCAACACCGAAUGUUUCUUCCACAAUAUGGAAAAGUAUUAUGAGUAAUGGUAAUACUAGUUUUGUAUUUCAAGCACCUGACACAUUUCAUUUCAUAGCCGGUUAUGAAAUCGUCAAGAAUCAUUUGAUAGAAAUUGGAUUCAAAGUUGAUCCGGAUUUUUCCAAUGUCGCUGCAGAAUUUUCUCAUGUAAUUCAAACAGUGACAACUGCGAGUUACUCCGGAAUAUCACUUUGGGAUUUAUAUGAAUUUGCAAGAAAAGGAAAAUUUCCACUAAAUCGUGUUUUAGUUAUUAGAAUAAUAAAAUCCACAAAAGCAUUACUAUCUAAUACCUUUGAUAAUGAUCCAAAAACCUUGUAUUGUCAUAUGGAUUUUGAUUCAGUUAUUGGUACACCAGGAUGGGAAGAAUUUAUGCAAUUAAUAGCUCAGAGAUAUUUUGAUAAGUACAAAGCAAAACCUCAUUGGGGAAAACAAUGGGAAUUUAUUCCAAAUGUGAAAUCUUAUCUUUCUGAUGUUUUAUCAGAUCAAAUUAAACAAUUUGAGAAAGUACGAGCAAAGUAUGACCCUGAUAAAAUUUUCUUUGAUAAUAAGUCUUUGCAGGAUAUCUUUAGUUGUGCUUUAUAUUCAUCGAAUAGUAAAUGCUGA